UGCCGCUAUUUCGUCAUAGUUCUCGAACGUCGCUCUCAAGUCUCCGUGCAUGGGAAUGCAGAUUAUCUUUGCUUGUGGUCCCCCAUGCCAGAGCACUAUAUAAUCCAACGGGAAACAACCUCAUUUCAGCACGACAGAAAUGAAGCUCGCUUUCUCUACUGCAUUCUUUACCGCUCUCCUCGCAGCUGCCUCUGCGAUUCCCGCCUCUAAACGCGACAUCUUCGACCCGCCUAUUUUGUCCCCGACUACGGGUACGACAUGGCUCAUAGAGACGACUCAAACCGUCUCUUGGGACACUUCUAACCCUCCUGAACUAGUCACCGGUCGUAACCACAGCAGCAUUAGGCUGACCAAGGGCGGCUUGUUCUUGCCAUUUGUUUUGGCGGACGAGUUUGAUAUCCUGUUGGGAAGUAUCGAGGUUAAGGUUCCUCUCGUUGCUGAAGGUGACGAUUACGCUGUUGCCCUCUUUGGCGCCUCCGGAAACGCGGGCAAAGAAUUCAGCAUCAAGAGUGGGCCUGCCAACUAAACCAU